UCGAGGCAACGGUGCGAACCGCAGAGCCGCGCCUUUCCCUCCGCCCGGUACCACAGCCCCGGCAGCGCUCGUGCCCGGAGGAACCUAUUUGGGAACGGACGCGCCAAGAUGGCGGAGGCCAUGGAAGCAGAGGCCAUGGAAACGGAGACCGAGCCCGCCGAGUUCAAGCGGCCGAGCCGCCCGCUGCCCGCUCCGCAGAACGCCGAUCCCGGCCCCGUGCCGCCCCGCCCGGUCGCCUCCGUGCCGGCGCCGCGCUACGAGGAGCCGCCGUGGGGCGGCCGUCCGCCCGCCGAUGCCGGCUACGGGCUGGAGGUGCUGAAGGGCGGCGUGCUGCUGGGCUCGGUGCGGCUGGAGGGCGGCAGCUGGUUCCUGGUGGGGAGGCUGCCCGGCUGCGCGCUGGCCCUGGAGCACCCGUCGGUGUCGAGGCACCACGCCGUGCUGCAGUACCGCGGCCGCUCCGCCGACGGCCCCGACGCCGAUGCCGGCUUCUACGUGUACGACCUGGGCAGCACGCACGGCACCUUCCUCAACAAGGCGCGGGUGCCGCCGCGCACCUACUGCCGCGUGCGGGUGGGCCACGGGCUGCGCUUCGGCGGCAGCUCCCGCCUCUUCCUCCUGCAGGGACCCGAAGAAGACCAGGAAUCUGAGUCAGAGCUGACCGUGACACAGCUGAAGGCACUGCGGAAGCAGCAGCAAGCAAAGCUGGAAAAGACCAUGCUGGGAGAGGAUUCUGAUGAGGAAGAUGAAAAAGAGGAGCGAGGAAGUGAGAGCAGUCAGAACGUUGAUAUGAGCUGCUCAUGGGGAAUGGGGGAGGAUGCUGAGGAGGAUGAGGCUGAAGAAAACCCUAUUGCUAUUGAAUUUCAGGAUGUACAAGAUGCCUUCUAUAUGAAGGAUCCCAGGAAGGCUUUGCAGGGCUUUUUUGACAGAGAAGGAGAAGAGUUAGAAUACGAAUAUGAUGAUCGUGGGCACAAUAGCUGGCUAUGCAGGGUUAAAUUGCCUGUGGAUGAUGCAUCAGGGAAGCAGCUGGUGGCAGAGGUUCUCCAUUCAGGAAAGAAGAAAGAAGCAAUGAUCCAGUGUGCACUGGAAGCUUGCAGGCUACUGGAUGCUAGGGGAGUACUGAGGCAAGAAGCAGUAUCUCGAAAGAGGAAGUCAAAGAAUUGGGAAGAUGAGGAUUUUUAUGACAGUGAUGAUGACACCUUCCUUGAUCGAACUGGUGCUGUAGAAAAGAAGCGACUGAACAGAAUGAAAAAAGCUGGUAAAAUAGAAGAAAAACCAGAGACUUACGACUCACUGGUUACAAAGCUAAAGGAGGCUGAAAAUGAGCUCUCUGAGAUAACAGAAAAGCUGAAGGCUUCAGGGAAAGGCCAAUCCCAGCCAGCAGCUCAAGAUUCCUUGGAUGAAUUUAUGACAGAAAUAAAAUCAGGAAGCACCUUAGACAGCGUGACUCGAAAGAAACUUCAUCUACGGUCAUUUGAGUUGAAGAAAGAGCAGCAGAGACUGAAAGGGUUAAUAAAGCUCGUCAAGCCUGCAGAACUGCCUGAGCUGAAGCCCCCGACUGGGAGUUACAGUCUGGAAGCAAACAGCAAGUCUAAAAAGAUUACCCUCCCUCUCUUCGGUGCUAUGAAAGGGGGGAGCAAAUUCAAGCUGAAAACUGGAAGCCUAGGGAAGUUGCCUGAGAAGCGUCCACAUGUCCCUGAAAGCUUGUUAAAAAUGAAAGAUGAUGGGCCUGAGGAGGAAGAGGAGGAGGAAGAAGAGGAAGAAAUUGAGGAGCAGAAAGUAGAUGCAGUAAGCAGCAGAACAUCAGAUGUGGAAAUGAAGGUGACAGUAGAGGAAGAAACAGGAAAAGAAGCAAAUGGUCCCAAUGGUUCUGCCAGUAAUAAUGAGAAUCAAGAAUCCCUUCAAGACGGAGUUAGUUUUCAGCCUGAGCCAAAGAUACUGAGGAAUAAAUCUCAGAUGGGACCUUCACAAGAGAAAUCUCAAGUAUGCAAGGAAUCCAAAGAGACAUCUGAGGAAGUUAAGAAAACUAAUACUUCAAGCAAGGUCCAACAACAUUUUUUUUCCUCACAAUACCCAGAUGAUGACCCAGACUACUGCAUAUGGAUUCCUCCUGCAGAUCAGAGUGGUGAUGGCAAGACACAUCUUAAUGAGAAAUAUGGCUACUAAACUUCAAGCUCCCAAGAACAGAUCUGAAGCUUGAAGGUCUGCUCUACUUCAGACUCUUUCACCACCCAUUAAGUGAGUGAUAAAAGAGCUGGGUUUUCAGACUCUUUUCCAGCUGUGCUGGCCGUGAGCUUUGUAUCCUGUUGUUUGUCUCCCAAAUACUUGUUUAAAAAAAAAAAAAAAAGACUCCUAAGCCCACACAUUCUUCUGCCUUUUCCCUCUACUGUUAGCCUUGUUAUCUUUAUUUGGUGUGAAACUGCAGACUCAUUUCUCCUUUUGUAAAUUAAAAAAGAUUAAAGACAUUAAACACCUCUACCCUUCCAGGCUUGACAUUUAAUUUAGGUUAGUUUUAUGCAAUUAAACUACUAAACACUACUGUUUUGCUUCUGAUAUUGGUUGAAAAUAGCAUCAGGGUAAACAAAACCUGGAAGUUCAUAAGGGGAUAAGGAGAGCUUAAGGACCUCAAAGAGCA